GAGCCUAUGUAACAUCGAUAAAUAUGAAAGGUGCUAGUUGAGAGUGGCAGAUACCAUCGUAGCACGUACACUUAUCCUAAUAUAAUAUCCGCCACUGCAUUGUCUUCCGAAUCUCGUCCACUCAAAUCUUAUAAUCCACUGUUGUCUGUGUAGCCAAAACAACAACAUUCAUUCAUACUUCACUGCCAAUUCCAUAUCAUCAUUUCACUGAACAUUUCUCCUCAAAUGGCUGCUGCGGUAAGUGCUGCAGUCUCCUUUCCAUCUACCAAGUCUACCUCUUUAUCAAGCAGGACCUCUAUCAUUGCCCCAGACAGAGUUUUCUUAAAGAAGGUUCCACUGCAAUACAGAGAUGUUUCUACCAGUGGAAGGGUAGUCUCCAUCAGGGCUCAAGUCACCACUGAGGCACCAGCUAAGGUUGAAAAGGAGUCAAAGAAACAGGAAGAGGGUGUGGUUGUGAACAAGUUCAAACCCAAGAACCCAUACAUUGGUAGAUGCCUUCUCAACACAAAGAUCACUGGGGAUGAUGCUCCCGGAGAAACUUGGCACAUGGUCUUCAGCACUGAGGGAGAGGUUCCUUACAGAGAGGGACAAUCAAUUGGGGUAAUUCCAGAAGGUAUUGACAAGAAUGGUAAACCUCAUAAACUAAGAUUGUAUUCCAUUGCCAGUAGUGCCAUUGGUGACUUUGGAGACUCCAAGACUGUUUCUCUAUGCGUGAAACGAUUAGUGUACACAAAUGAAAACGGAGAACUUGUCAAGGGAGUCUGCUCAAAUUUCUUAUGUGACUUGAAGCCAGGAUCUGAAGUAACAAUAACUGGACCUGUUGGAAAAGAAAUGCUUAUGCCGAAAGAUCCUAAUGCCACCGUCAUCAUGUUGGCAACUGGAACUGGAAUUGCCCCAUUUCGCUCAUUUUUAUGGAAAAUGUUCUUUGAGAAGCACGAUGAUUACAAGUUCAAUGGUUUGGCAUGGCUCUUCUUGGGUGUCCCUACUAGCAGCUCACUGCUCUAUAAGGAGGAAUUUGAAAAGAUGAAGGAGAAAUAUCCUGACAACUUCAGGCUUGACUUUGCUGUGAGCAGAGAGCAAACCAAUGAGAAAGGAGAAAAGAUGUACAUCCAAACCCGAAUGGCUCAAUAUGCAGAAGAGCUGUGGGAAUUACUGAAGAAGGAUAAUACUUUUGUGUAUAUGUGUGGACUCAAAGGAAUGGAGAAGGGAAUUGAUGACAUAAUGGUGUCAUUGGCUGCCAAAGAUGGCAUUGAUUGGGCUGAUUACAAGAAGCAAUUGAAGAAAUCAGAGCAGUGGAAUGUUGAAGUCUAUUAAUUUCUGUUCACUUGCACAGAUAUCUACUCCAACUUUAUGCUGCAAUGGAUCUAUCACGCCCCCUGCAUUGUGUAGAUAUAUGAUGACCUUGUUAUUUUUCUUGGACAAUUUUUAUACUGUUCAUGAACAACUUCAUUGCGACAAUCUUACAAGAAGUAAUGUUUUUGAGGGAUGAUGCACUAUAGAUGAAUCCAAUUUCAUUGUAUCA